AUGCUUAAAGAAGCUUUAGAUGUUUAUCACGAAAACAUUCAAAAAACACUGCAAGAACUAUUUAACAGGCCCUCUACAAGUUCAGCUAACACCGAAAGAUCAAGUACCAAGUCCACAGCCAAAUCACCAUCAGUUGAUACGCAAUCAGGAGAAAAAAUGAAAGAGCUUGGUGUACCAGGGACAACUCUGAAAGAAUAUUUUCCUAAACAAUUCAGAGAUGGAGAUUUUGGCAAAAGUAAUUAA